GCACCAUGCGGGCGCCGCUGCCCGCCCGCGCCGCGGCUGCGGCCGCCGAGCCGGAGCCGGGGCAGCCAGCCCGGGGCCCCGCACCCGCUCCCUUACCUGAGCCAUGGUGACGGGCUCGGCGCGGGGCUCCCGCAGCCGGGACCGAGCCGCGCCGGUCCCCGCAGCCCCGUCCCCCGUCGGGCGGCGCGGCGGGGCGGCGGCGGCGGCGGUGCUGGCGGGGCUGUGCGCCCUCUGCUACGGCAACUCCCUGCGGGGCGAGUUCGUGCACGACGACGUCUGGGCCAUCGUGAACAACCCCGACGUGCGGGCGGCCACCCCGGUGGCCGCCGCCUUCGCCAAUGACUUCUGGGGCAAGCGGAUGGCGGAGAACACCAGCCACAAGUCCUACCGGCCUCUCUGCGUACUCACCUUCAAGUUAAAUAUAUUGCUGGCUGGCAUGAACCCCUUCUACUUCCAUGCAGUGAAUGUAAUUUUACACUGUCUAGUGACCCUUGUGCUGAUGUACACUUGUGACAAAGCUGUGUUCAAGGACUGUCGACUUGCUUUUGUCACGGCGCUGUUCUUUGCUGUGCAUCCCAUUCACACCGAGGCUGUAACAGGUAUAGUAGGCAGAGCGGAUGUCCUAGCCUGUCUACUCUUUCUGUUGGCUUUUCUCUCCUAUAAUAGGAGUGUGGAUCAGCUUUAUGUUGGGGAACAUUUCCCUCCCACUGCCUCCCCAUUCUUUUUGCUGCUUAGUUUAUUCCUUGGGACGUGUGCAAUGCUGGUGAAAGAAACUGGAGUCACUGUGUUUGGUGUGUGCUUGGUUUAUGACUUCUUUUUGCUCUCCUGCAAUGGACUCAAACUGAGAAAUGGGGGGAUCCUCCAGAGACCUGCCUGGCAGCCCGUGGCUUCUCCCUCUGCCUCGCUGCAGGUCCCUCCAGCCGCCCGGGAGAACGGGAAGCAUCGCUUUGCGCACCGGGGCGCCUGGAGCUCCUGCCACCCGGCGUCACCUCCGGAGCAGCGGAGUGGUGGCCUUUCUGUGCCCAGCAAAGCCAUGUGGGCCAUUCGGAGCUACCUGACUGCAAAUAACAACCAGAAUUUCUUGUAUACUGCAAGGCCCUUUUUGAAGAGAGCUGCUUUGGUGAUAAGCUAUGUGAUCCUCGUGUUGUAUUUCCGCCUCUGGAUAAUGGGAGGAUCCAUGCCGAUGUUUUCGGAGCAGGACAAUCCAGCUUCAUUCUCACCGUAUUUCCUGACAAGGUUUCUAACUUAUUCCUAUCUUCUGGCCUUCAAUGCUUGGCUUCUGCUGGCACCGAUCACCCUGUGCUACGACUGGCAGGUCGGCAGCAUCCCUUUGAUUGAGUCCAUUUGGGAUGCAAGGAACUUAGCCACAGUGUUCCUGGUGCUGGUGAUGGCAUUGCUCAGCCUACACUGCAUAGCUGCAUUCAAGAAACUGGAACACAAAGAAGUUUUGGUUGGCUUGUUGUUCCUGGUUUUCCCAUUCAUCCCAGCCAGCAACCUCUUCUUCAGGGUGGGAUUUGUGGUGGCUGAGCGAGUCCUUUACAUGCCGAGUAUGGGGUACUGCAUCCUUUUUGUCCAUGGUCUGAAAAAGCUGUCUACAUGGUUAAAUAAGUGGAGAAUUACUGUUCUGACCCUCUUUGCUUUACUGUUACUGCUCUUCUCCUGGAAGACGGUGAAACAGAACGAAAUCUGGUUGUCACGAGAAUCCCUUUUCAGCUCGGGAGUGAAGACCCUGCCCCACAACGCCAAGGUGCACUACAACUACGCCAAUUUUCUGAAGGACCAGGGCCGUAAUGCCGAGGCCAUCUACCACUACAAAACUGCUCUCAAACUGUACCCUCGUCAUGCAAGUGCUCUCAACAACUUGGGGACGUUGACCAAAGACGUGGUGGAGGCAAAGGACUACUACAGACGAGCCCUUCAGUUAAACCCUCAGCACAAUCGAGCUCUCUUCAAUCUUGGCAACCUGCUCAAGUCCCAAGGAAAGAAGGAGGAAGCUGUCAUCUUGCUGCGGGAUUCCAUUAAGUACGGCCCAGAGUUUGCAGAUGCUUACUCAAGCCUGGCCUCACUGCUGGCUGAGCAGGAACGGCUUAAGGAAGCAGAGGAGGUCUAUAAGGCUGGCAUAGAAAAUUGUCCAGAGAGCUCUGAUCUGCAUAACAACUAUGGUGUCUUCUUGGUUGAUACCGGGGCUCCUGAGCAAGCCGUGUCCCACUACAGACAGGCCAUCCUGCUGAGCCCUACUCACCAUGUGGCCAUGGUGAACCUGGGCAGGCUUCACCGCUCCCUGAGGCAGAACCGAGAGGCUGAAGUGUGGUACAAGCGGGCACUGAAGGUAUCCCGGAAGGCUGAAAUCCUGUCCCCACUGGGGGCUCUGUAUUACAACACGGGGCGGUAUGAAGAAGCAUUGCAGGUGUACAGAGAAGCAGCAUCACUGCAGCCUUCUAACAGAGAGAUCCGACUGGCACUGGCACAGGUUUUAGCAAUGAUGGGACGGACGAAAGAAGCCGAAAAGAUGACAAACCAUAUACUCCACGAGGAUGCAGAAUGUCUGGAGUGCUACCGCCUUCUGUCAGCCAUCUACAGCAAGCAGGAGCACUACAGCAAGGCACUUGAAGCUAUAGAAAAAGCUCUUCAGCUAAAACCAAAGGAUCCAAAAGUCAUAUCAGAGCUCUUUUUCACUAAAGGAAACCAGCUAAGAGAGCAAAAUCUCCUUGACAAGGCUUUCGAGAGCUAUAAACGGGCUGUGGAGCUCAACCCAGACCAAGCGCAGGCCUGGAUGAAUAUGGGAGGCAUUGAGCACAUCAAGGGGAGCUACAUCACUGCCCGUGGCUACUAUGAAAAAGCCUUACAGCUGGUUCCAAACAGCAAGUUGCUGAAGGAGAAUCUGGCGAAACUGGAUCGCUUGGAGAAACGGUUUCAGGAAGUCCAGGAGAAAGACCAAACAUAACAUUCAGUCACCAGUGGAAAGAAACUCAUACCCCUUGGAGAAGAGUAUGGUAGAAGCCUAUUGCUUAAAGUGAUGCUGAAGGAACUUUGACAGGACUCAGAAUUAUGGAAGGCAGAUUUUGAAUGCAUGCUUAUGUUUGACCAAAGUUACAGGAGACACUCGCCUCCUGUGGGACAUGCUGGAGCAUGAAUGAGAACCUUCCUUUAAUCAAGAUUCAUGUUUAAGCUGAACCCAUUUUAAUCAUACUGGGUGUGCGGGUGGGACGGCUACCUUCAAUAUCUUAGUUAUCAUUGAGGAAACCAUGGAGACAAAGCACUCAUCCAUUGCAGCAGGGUUGAAGUGGCACCUCCUGUCACUCAACAUAGGCUCACCUCGUCCACAUAAAGUACCACUGAUGGGCUUCAUUGCAAGUGCUGCCAGGUCCUUCUGAGCCAGGAAAGACGGUCAUAUUGGUCACAUUAAAAGGUUUCAAGGGCUUAAUGCUGAGGAAAUGGUGGCCACUUUUACAGCACUAUAUGUGACUUGAAAAUUGUUCUAAAGAAAGGGAAAACGGUAUCUGAAUAUCACCCUGGAAGGAUGAUUCUACAAGUAGGACACAUGAUCCUUUGAGGGAAAACCUCACCUGAAUACGUUACUUGUAAGAUUUUUGUAGUAAUUCAGGUUCAUUAUGUCAGUAUUGUUGAAUGUCAUAUGGCUUUACCCUGUGCCCUCUCCCGGAAGGCCAAAUAAUUACUCUGAAAAAAAUGGAAGCAUCCAAAGGCAAUGGGAAGCUCUAGGAUUACUUGUCCUCCUGUCCAGUCCCCAGUAAAAAAAACCACAACCAAAAACAAUCUGAUCAAUAUAAGAGAUAAAGUAAAGCCACAGAAAGAUUAGGGAAGAUUUUGUAGCCUGGAAAGGUACUAAGGAGGCAUUUUUAUGGGUUUACAGGGACAAAGUCCAUUUAUCAUGGUCAUAACUGACGAAACACCAUGUCAGUGUUCUCCCCGUAAAGAUGCAGAAAAUUACCUAUAGCAGAUCAGUCAUAAAUCUAUAUUUUUAAAUACUGGAGUGGGAAAAUAAAUUCUCUUCAGAAUUGGGGCUUUUAUUUUGAGCUUUAUUUAUUUAACUUAUAAUAGUCAAAUAAUUAAUAUAUUUUCUCUCUUUUUUAUGAUUUGGGCAGUAUCCUUCACAGCUGGCCACAUGGCUGGGCAUUGUGACUUGUAUUGUCUGAAGUUAGAAGAAUGCAGGACCACCAAGGCAUGCUUGAAUAACUCCCCCUAAUGACAUUUCUAAAGCAAAUGGCUGCAGAGCAGGUUGGACCUUGCUGUCACUGCACUUCUGCUGCUUUCACCAGACUAUGUACCAGUUCACAGAGAGCGUUAGUGGGAUCAUGCUUGAUGCCACUGCCUUUGGGUUUGGACAGUAGAGUAGGUCGGUCAACAGUUUGUUCCUCUUUCAACAGGAAACUGCCAUUGAAGUUGUUAUAUUUGAGCUUGAUCAUGGCCAGUCCCUGCAGAAGAGAAGCCCAGGGUUUGGCAUUAUUAGUGAAGGACAGUUCUGAUUAGGUCUGUGAUGCCUUGCUACUGAUCUGCCAGGAAAAGCCUGGGAGGCAGUGAUCCACAUGGCACCCAGAUUUAGGUGGUGCUGGCCAUGACACCUCAGCAAGCUCCAAAUUCACUCAGUGUCAUGGGGCAGCCAUGCACCAAUGGGGCAGCUGGCUUCUUUUAAAAAGCUGUGUCCAGCCACUACUGGCGGUCAAAUUACUGACAAAUUAUUAACAUGACUCCAACUGCAUUUGGAGCUUAGAGGGAGUGCAGACUGGUGUCAGCCCUGCUAGGGCUUGUGAAUCUACUAGAGCCUUAGAUGUACUCCCGCUGAGAUGAGGCUGGACUUGGGAAGUACUGGUUGGUCCCCACUGGCCAAGUAGACUGGUCAGUGCCUACAGCUGGGCAGAGGUGGGAGGGAGAGACCCUCUGGGGGAGAAGGUGAUGACACAUGCUUCUUGGCUGUCUCCCUUCAAACUAGUUUCCGAAGGGAGCAGCUGGGACAAAAGCAAGUCGUCUGCUAGUGAAUCUUCCCUUCUUUUCCCCAAGCUCCAAGCAGCCUACUUUGCUUUCUGGGGUUGGGGCCAGGUUGGGUUGGAGGACCUGGGACUGGGUCCACAACCCUUGUCUUUUCACACAAUUUUUGUGUUCAUGGGCUUGCUGACCUGACAUUUCUGUGGGUCCCCAGUGCAGGUGCUCCACUGGAUGCCAUGCAUGGAGUAACUUUGCACAGCCCUGGCGCUGCCAGGAUGGCCAGGAGGAGAUGGGGUCGCGCCAGCAGAGUCCUGUUGGAUGUGGAAACCAAAGCUGAAACCGCCUCUGCUAGCAGUCAGUUCCCCACCACACACUGAAAAGUUGUAGAUGGUUCAUUACUGGGGUGUUCAGAGGUACCUGGGCCAUAAAGCUCUCUGCUUCUCCCCAGGGUGAGCUUGCUUUUGAGGCAGCUUCACCAAAUCCCAAUGUGCCCAGCGCUGUGACUGUGGCAGUGCUUGGCAGUGACUCUGGGAGCUGGCAGAGCUGUGUUUGGUGCAGUCCCCAAGAGUAGUGCCAUGCAAAGCCCCCCACAGGGGAGGCAUGUGCAGAGUGCUCCUACAGCUUGCUGAAGCGUGGAGGAUAGAGGUCAGGGGAGAUACGUCUCAUUUAAAAAUGUGUAUCAGCUAUAAACUUUGCCUCAUAAAGAUAUAUUAAAUAAAUACUAUAUAUUGUGUAAGCCCCACAUCAGUGCAGCUUUAAUUUGUGGCUGGCAAAACAUAUUUUUUCAAAUAUAGAAGUUGUAUUUUUUUAUAGAAAUUCUUUGUGAGGGGGAAGACUUGGUUUUGUGUUUUUAACUUUGGCUUAAAUCUUAAUUUGUCUUUCCUGAGAGACCUGGUAGAAAAGAUUGUCUUCUUCUUGUCCUAGAACCUGAUCGAAGCCAUCUUGACUGUGCCACGUGUAAAAGUAUAAUAUAGCUUUGGGUGCCCUGCUCCCAGGUCCUGGAGAAGGAUUAAUAUUUUUGCAACACUGUCUUACUUGCAGAAUAAUGUGAAAAGGUGAGGCCAUCCUCCCAGUGAGGGAGGUAGUUUGGUUGGAAGGCAUGGGGUGUGUUCGUUUACUCACCUGAAUUAGGCAGGUAGCAUAUCCACUGAGUUUAAUCCCAGUUGAACUAAAUUACAUUUAUGUGUUGAAAGGCCAACUCUCCACAUUUUGGAGCUGGGUUUAUGGUAGUUAUGGAGAGAGGAGGGCUCAGUAAUGAACCCUGCUUUCCUCAACCAGCACUUCAUAGCCCCUCUGUGCGAGAUGACAGUCUGCAAACUGGCAGCAUAUCUGGAGAACAAUCCAGACCAUGAGCUACCAAAGCAGUUGAACCCUUGUGAAGUUUUGAGCUGACUCCCUGUCUCGUUGGCGUCCAUGCUGAAACACUGUGUUUGUUCAGGACAUUAAUCUUGUGAAAGGUUUAUUGCAGGUGAAGAAGAAGAAUGGAGUGUGAUAUGAAAUGGGUUACCACCACCAAAAUGGAACGCUAUUGGGGAGGAUAAAUCUAGCGACUUACCUUGUGAUCAACUGGUUAUUAUCCUAAUUAAUCACAGGAAAUGUCCUCUUCCUCUAGCAUUGCACAGCUUCUAAAAUAAUGAGUUAUAAAUACAUUGUUUUCUGCCAACUCCAGUGCUCAGCAUGGUUUGCAGAGAUUAUAAAUUAAUAAAUGGAUGAAGCUGUACCUGGUGGGGGAGAGUUUGCUCUCUCAGCAAGUUGCAUUGGCUAAACCUCAGUGCUCACCAAUAGGAAUGUAGAGAAUUAAUGGAAAGCUGGUUAGACAGGACUCUUGUAUACUCAGUGUGCAUUUUAAUCUUAAAUGAAAGCAUAAUAAUUAUGUUGCUUUUUCCUGUCCCCAUGAAUAAUAUUUUCAGCGGAUGGAUUUUGUUUUAUUUUAUUGCUUAUUUAAAGUCCAGCAUUCUUCCAUUCCUUUUCCAUCUCCUGGGAUAAAAUAUGCAGUGGGGGGCAUUUUCUCUCUCCCGCAGACUGCUUGGACUAGAUUUUCCUGCAAAUGUGCAGGCACCUUGUUUUGGCCAAACAGUAAGUGAAUGCAGCAGUGCAAAUGAAUGGCCUUCAUUCCAGGGAUCUCAGUGAGGACAGGGGUGUAUGCAUGCACGCACGCACAUGGGUGGAAGAAAUCUAUGUCAAAACAAUCCAAAAUAAAGAGCCUAACUUGCAGGGGAGACUGGACACCUCUCAAAUUACCUAAAAACUAUGAAAGCUUCUCAACAGCUAUAGAAACCAGUCCAGAUACCAAGUACAAUAUUGGUGAAAGAAGAUAAUUGUCAUUCUAAUUUUAAUAAUUAGGCAAUGUAGAAUAUACUUGUAUGAUCUUUUGCCCCCUUUGUCCUCCAACUUAGUGAAACGGAGCGCUUCAGUCUUCUCAAUCUGUAUGGGAUUAAUUUGCCCAAGUGCUCCAUUUCUAUCUUUCACAUACGCAAUUAUGCACGAUCUUUGGAAAAAAAAAUAGCCCUUGGAGGGUUUUUCUCCGCAACUUUCAGUCUCUUGCAGCAAUUCCAAAAUGCACCGUUUUGCUUUCAUGUACAUUUAAACCCAGCAGCAAAAAAAACACACAACAAAAACAAAACAAACAAAAGAAAAUAAUAAAAAAAAAGCGCUUGGCAUUCACUUGUGUUUCCAUGUGGCAAAGCUGCUUCAGGUAAUGUUGGUAACUUUGUGCAAAAGCUCAUUGCCAUGUUUGUCCUGACUUGCUGAAAGUUUUUCCUUCUGGAAAAUCGCCCCAGUGGUAUCCUCUGUAAAAGUGAUGGCUUCUACAACUGUAUUACUGUAGAAAUCUCUGCCUGAAGUGGAUGUCACGCUGCGUGUUCCUCCCAUGCGGGAGUUGUUUGCAUUGCCUGUUGUUCAUAUGGUUCUUAUUUCUGUAUCUAUUUUUCUUUUUUUUAAUCAGUUGUGCAUAUCUAAACCAAACCAAACCAAAAACAAGAAAACAGCCCGUGGAUUAGAAAUCUUUAAAAAAAACACAUUCACACUUAGCAGCAGCUGGAUGUAUGUCAGUGGUACAGGAAUUUGCAAAGUCUUUGCUUUUUUCACUGUGGGAUUUAUGGCUCGAUUUCACAUAAAGGAGUUAUGCUCCAAGUCUUUGCAAAAGAAAAUGUAUGUAAAUGUCUAUUUUAUAUAAAAAGUAAGAAAAGUAA